UAGGACUAUCGGUUGAUUAUAAAUUUGAGGUUAGAUUGAAAAUGUCAAUUAUAUAACCUCAAAAAAGUGUAAACACGUGCAUUUUAUUUCUAUUCUAAUAAAUUUGUAGGUUUCUCCUACAUUAUUUUUUGUUAUUAACGGAAUGCCGAAAGCUACCGCUUUAUCACAGUGUAAACACCCAAACAGUAGAAAAACCAAUGCUCUUGUAAAACAAAUCAAAAAAACAAAGGCCCGUGAAAAAAACAAGCAAAAUAGUAAUAUAAAGUUGAAUUUGUUGGGAGAGAAAAUUUUAUGGUUUAAAGACAAUUUGGAACCGGAUUGCAAUUCAUACAGCCCUAGACAAGUCCUGAAAAUAAUUGAAAAAUACUUGGCAAGGUUUGAUGAAGAACUGGAACAAAUAAAGCUUAAACAUUCAAUUGGUAAUAGGAAAAAUCGUCAACAUGCAAGCAGAGAAGAUAUUAUCAACUUGACAAUUAAAACAGAAAAGGAAGAAUUCAAUACAUGUGGUUUGGAAAUUCCUGAUCUUUUAAACAUACAACAGUUUAGUUUCUUGAGAGAGUGGAAUGGUGAAUUGAGAUUUCUUCCAAAGUUUAAACUAAAACGUUAUAAUAGGAAAGCUUUAGAAAAUGCAAUCAAUAAUGUAGAAUCAAAACCAUCGCAAUCACAAACAAAUUCUACUAACGAUGUAAUGGAUACUGCUUAAAUAAAUAAUUUAUUAAGAA